AUAUUUAGGAGUUAGUACCGAUUUUCCCCAAUUUCUAGGGUUAGCCAAAAAAAAUUAACAUUGCUUCGACCCAAGCAUCGAGCGAAAGUUUUCGCCAUCAAUAGAAAAGAAGCUUAUUCACUGAGACACAAACAUUGAAGAACAAAGCAGAGCAGAGGCCCCUCCUUUUCUCCAUUUUCUUACAAAAAUGCAACUUUACAUUGACUGAAUGGAGGAGGGUUUAACCCUGGUUCAGUAGAAAGAAAAAAUGCUGAAUUGCAUGUUGUAUGAGAUGAAAACAUGGAUGUGGGAGGGGGAAAAGGGGAUAAUGUCCGGGGAGUAAAUAUUGAGUCUAGUAAGGGUGGUGGUAGUAGUGGGAAUUUAAUAGAAAAUUUAACUGGAAUAGAUGUGGUUGUUAAUCCGAAUGAUGAUGGAGGUGCCGGAGGUAAGCCAUGUGUGGGGAUGGAAUUUGAGUCGGAGGAUGCAGGCAGGACAUUUUACGAUGGAUAUGCUAGGCGGUUAGGGUUUAGUACCCAUGUUGGUCAGUUUACUCGUACUAAGCUCGAUGGGCCAAUUGUAACAUGGGAUUUCGCAUGUUCAAGGGAGGUUUUAAAGAGGAAAAAUGUUGAAAGUUGUAAUGCAAUGUUUAGGAUCGAGAGAAAGGAUGGAAAGAAGUGGGUUGCUACAAAGUUUGUGGAGGAUCAUAAUCAUUCGAUGGUUAAUCCUAGUAAGGUUCAUUACCUUAGACCUCGUAGGCAUUUUGCUGGAGUCACUAAAAAUGUUCCCGAAACAUCUGAUGCCGCUACUGACGUUUGGGCUUUGGUGGAUGGAAAUCAUGUUUCUUGUGAAGCCACUAGGGUUGGGAAUACCUCCUGUGUCGACCCUAAUCACCUUGUAAGGAAUAUGGGGUCUGUAGGCUAUGUUGGACUUCCUAGCCAAAGGAGAACACUGGGGAAAGAUGCUCAAAAUCUGCUGAACUAUUUCAAGAAGUUGCAGGCUGAAAACCCGGGCUUUUAUUAUGCAAUACAGCUUGAUGAUGAUAAUCGAAUGACUAAUGUUUUCUGGGCCGAUGCAAGAUCAAGGGCAGCUUACAAUCACUUUGGAGAUGCAGUUAUUUUUGACACAAUGUAUCGACCAAAUCAGUAUCAGAUUCCGUUUGCUCCUUUCACAGGCAUAAAUCAUCAUGGCCAGAUGGUGUUGUUUGGUUGUGCAUUACUUCUGGAUGAAUCUGAGUCUUCCUUUACUUGGCUAUUCAGGACAUGGUUAUCUGCAAUGAACAAUCGAUGUCCCGUUUCCAUCACCACAGACCAAGACAGAGCAAUACAAGCAGCAGUUUCUCAGGUCUUUCCUGAAACUCGCCACUGCAUUUGCAAGUGGCACAUCUUGAGGGAAGGACAAGAAAGGUUGGCACAUAUCUACCUAGCCCAUCCUUCUUUAUAUGGUGAGAUCUAUGGCUGCAUAAACUUUUCAGAGACGAUUGAGGAUUUUGAAUCAUCGUGGACCACUCUCCUUGAUAAGUACAACCUCCAGAAAAAUGAGUGGCUUCUGGCAGUAUAUAACGCUCGUAAACAGUGGGCUCCAGUUUAUUUUCGUGGUACUUUCUUUGCUAUUCUUUCUUCUAACCAAGGGGUUAGCUCCUUUUUUGAUGGGUACAUAAAUCAGCAGACAACUAUUCCACUUUUUUUAAAACAGUAUGAAAGGGCUUUGGAAUGUUCUCUAGAGAAGGAAAUAGAAGCAGAUUGUGACACAAUCUGCACCACACCGGAACUAAAAACACCAUCACCUAUGGAACAGCAGGCAGCAAACCUCUACACGAAGAAAGUUUUCUCAAAGUUUCAGGAGGAACUAGUUGAAACUUUUGUGUAUACAGCAAACAAGAUUGAGGGAGAUGGCAUUGUCAGUAAAUACAGGGUUGCAAAAUAUGAACAUGAUGAUAAGGCAUACUUUGUCAUGCUGAAUGUUUCUGAGAUGAAAGCAAGUUGUACAUGUCAGAUGUUUGAAUAUUCUGGUAUUCUAUGUAGACAUAUAUUGACAGUGUUCACAGUGACAAAUGUUCUUACCCUUCCAUCCCAUUACAUUUUAAGGCGGUGGACCAAGAGUGCCAAAUCUUGGGUUGGAUUGGAUGAGAAAAAUGCUGAUCCUCAAGGUGUUGAGACUCUAACUGCCCGUUUCAAUAUCCUAUGUCAGGAAGCCUUCAAAUUGGCAGAAGAAGGUUCUGUUGUCCCUGAGACAUAUAGCGCAGCAAUCAAUGCUCUUAGAGAUGCUGUAAAAAAGGUUGCAUUUAUAAAGAAGGAUGUAGCUAAAGUCACCCCACCUAGAUCUUAUAUUAAUGGAAAUAGUCAUGAAGAUGGUAGCAAAAAAACCACUUCUCCGGUCUCAGAAAUGGUCCCAUCUUUAUGGCCAUGGCAAGAUGUAGUAUCACCUCGCUUUAAUCUUAUUGAUAGUGGAGCUCCACUUACUGACUUGAAUCAACCUAGCAUGGCCCCUGUAUCUAUUGAUCGUGAAACUGAUCACCUUGAUAGCACGGUGGUUCUCUCUUGUUUUAAGUCCAUGACUUGGGUUAUAGAAAAUAAAAAAGAAGUAGAAGCUUGUAAAGUAGCUGUUAUAAACUUGAAGCUGCAUGACUAUAGCAAGAACCCUUUGGGAGAGGCUGAAGUGCAAUUUAGUCUCACAAAGGUAACUCUGGAGCCUAUGUUGCGAUCAAUGGCUUACAUCAGUCAACAGCUCUCAACACCAGUCAAUAGGGUUGCUGCCAUAAAUUUGAAGCUCCAAGAUACAAAGACAACUUCUGGGGAGAAAGAAGUAAAGUUCCAAGUGUCAAAAGAUACUUUGGGUUCGAUGUUGAGAUCAAUGGCCUAUAUUCGUGAACAACUUUGACAACUUAUUGCUUAUCAAACUUCCCAAAUCCUUCAUGGAACUCGAUAUGAAUCCAAUUCAAGAUAAACUGAUUGACCAGAAGUUGAUCAACAAGCAUCGACCAUCACAGGGUUAAAACAUUGGACCAUCAUCAUAGAUAUCUUUCAUGAUUGCUCCCACUGCUAGAUGCAGAUUCACCGAAAAGGGUGGAAGCACUCGAUUUGCUCGAAAUUGGAGGCGAUGGUGGAAGCCUUUCAUUAAACAGACUAAGGCUAUUUGCAGAUGUAGUUUCUAUGGUGAAGACUGAAUCAUCUUCAAAGGGAGAUUGUGACACUGAAUCAUAUGAGUCCUGGCUUACAGUAUCUGAUUGUGCAGGUGAGAAAUCUUCGAUGCCACAGAAGUUGUCGCAAUCCGUUAUGUAGUUUAAAGCAAAAACAACCUGCAAUAAUUAUUGCUUAAUAGUAGUAAUCUGUUUAAUGUGGUUUUAGCUAUUCUGAUCUAUGUUCAAAGAGGAUAAUAAAGUUUAAUCUGUUAGUGCUA